UUGCAUAUCUUAUACGAUUUUCCAAUAAACUUAUGACUCAAGAUAAAGUUUAACAUCCUAAUUUAGCUAUAUAUUUUCAAAAAUCUUUUGGAAACCACUGCUGGUAGAUAACAAGAAAAUCGGUUAAGAAUGCUGCUCACCAAAGUAAUGACUCUAGUAGCGAAUUAUUUAGUUUUUUGGAUAAAAAAGUCUUCACUGUGGUUUCAUUAAAUGCCUGAAAAUUUUUCAACGAAUGUAUAAAUCACUUCUAGGCGUGGAAAUGAAGAUAAACAGCUGGGGAGUACUUUUUAUUGCAACUUUGAGUGUGAUGAGCUUGCAUUGUGCUUUCAGUAAACAUAUGGUAAAAACCUGCAUUUGAAACUUUUAUAAUUUGUAACAAGGUAAAUUAAUAAAAACACCUAAGAAACACUCUUUCUGAUAACUUUGAGGGCCAUGUGCUUUCAUUGAGUUUUCACUAGUAUUUAAAAAAACGCUUUUCAUUAACAUGUAAUGUCUAUAGAGGAAAAUUAGUACAAAAGAUCUUCAAAGUUAAUUUUAUAUAUAUCUACUUUAACCAUCUCAAGCUUUUAUGCGCUUUCACUGAAAACAUGAAAAAGCUCCACUUGAAACUUUCAUAACUUUUAUGAACGAAACUAUGUAUAAAACGGUAUCAAAGUUUUACAUUGGUAGCAGAAUAAGUUCUUGAAAUUGAGAACAUCUGAAAACCGGCGUUCUUCUAUGAAUUAUCUUCUUACUUAUUUAAGAUCUCGAGCUAAAGCUAUAGACAUCGUAGAAUACCCAGCUGUCAACUCACACUCCAACAAUCACCCACCUGUAUUUUUAUAUUUAAGCACCAAAGAAAUCGCAUGCGACUUUACCAAAAACUCUCAUGCUACCUUCCACAAAGCAUAAGCGAUGGGAUGAGCAUAACUCGCAUAGCGCUUGCUGCUUGAUAUCAACCACCAGCGACAACAAAACUAUAGCUAGCAACAACCACUGAGAGAUACUUGUGCUCGCAGAUACUUCGGCGCUCAGAUACUCCACAUCACAAUGCAAUCCAAAGCAAGCCAAACUGAAUGGAUAGCAAACAGAGCAGACAGAGCGCUGAGUAUUGGAGCCGGCCGCUUGCCGCUUUCGGUGGCGAGAAGGUGGUGUUCGGUGCAGUGCAUACGGUAUGUGUGGGGGUGUGGUGCUGUCUGGCUCUUCAGCUUUGCUCUGCUGUGGUUGCUUGGCCGGCACGGCGUGGCGCGCUGCUCGUUUGUGCGAAACUUUGCUAUCGUGCGCUCAGUUGUCUUUUAGCUUCCACACGUAGCGGUCAUACAUAACGGUAAAACGCGCGCGUUUAUUAAAGAAUUUUUCAAAUUUUUUAAAGUCAUUUGUUUAAAAAAUUAAAAAAAAAAUAGAAUAAUAAAGUUGUUAAUUACUUCAACUCGCUUCAAGUGUUUUUGCAUUGUUGUUGCUUGCCUAUAAAGUGUAAAAUUUACAAUAAAACCGGCUGGCUUGAGCAGACGCUCGUAUGGCAGCCGACAACUGUCAAAGUGGCUAAAUGAUACCAAAAAUAAACAAACAACAACAAUAAUAGCAAUAACAAUAGGUAAACAAAUAGCAGCAAGCAAAAUAUAAUACAACAACAACAGCAAAGCACAAGCGUCAGUUGUGUAGAAGGCAAUUCCAGCCAAACCAAGCGUAGCGCGUCGAAACGGAGCGAAUCGGGUGUUGCGAGGCUGUGCGUGUGUCUCGAAUUACAACAACAAUUUCUUAGUAAAAAUUUAAAUUUACUGAAUUUGAGAAAAUAGUUAAAAGUGCAGAAUUCCAAACGCAACGGAAACGGAUAUUGCGGGCCAUACUGUGUAUAUUAUUGCAAAAAGUUUAAAUAAAAUAAAACAACAACAACACAAGUGUUCGACGCCAGUGUCUGCGCUUAAAUAAACAACUCGUGAAUAACCACAAAUGCGGUAAAAUUUGCUAGAAAUUAGCAAGGCAAAGUGCAUACAUAUGUACAUGAUUCUUGGCAGCCAGUCACUACUGUCUGCGCUCCAGCCAUAACAACAAAGCAUACGUGCCAGUGUGUGUGUGUUCGCGUGCUGAAAAAGCAGAAAACGAAAUUAAGCGAUAAAGUGAAGCAAGGCAAACAGAAAACGCCGAAAAUUUAAAGACAACAAAAAUAUAAAUAAAACAACAAAAUACUAAAAAUAAAGCAACAACAAAAAAAUAAAGCUAAAACAACAAUUACAUGAGUGUUAAAUAAAAUAUUGAAAGUGUUUGUUUGUGCUCAAACUAACUAUACUUAAGAAAAAAUAUUUAAGAAAUUUUAAAAACUCUGUGAAUACCGAAAACUUUCAUUAAAAACAACAACACAAUGCCAAAAAAAAUUUCUAAGUGUUAAAAGUGAAAUAAAAAACGAAAAUCAUCAGCAACAGCAAAAUGUCAACCGACAGCAGCAUGAAUGCCAACAACAACGCCUACGAGGCCUCCAAAGUGGAGGUUAUCGUUUUGGCCAAAUCCGAUAAGACGCUCAAAAAUAACAUGGACGCCAAAGAUGAAACAAUGCGCAAGCGUACAUCACUAAUCAUUGUGCCACAGCCGGUAGAUGCGUUAUCGGAUCGCGAUAACAAUCUCACCUGCUCCACCAUUGAUAACGAUAACUGUAAUGAGACUAUCGACUGUCUCAACAUUGACAGCGUUGACCAAAAAACUACACAAACAAGCAAUGUCACAAAGCAGCAGCUGCUCGAAACCUCCAUUUGCUCGACCAAUUCCAAUGGCGGCGGCACGGAGGAUGACGAAGCUAACGAUGUUGAUUAUCUAAAGAAGUCGCUCGACAACGAUAACAAGCGCAUUCGCCAUUCCAUCGCCAGCGUCGACAGUUGUGUAUCGCGUUCCACGCGCACCAGCAGCACUGACACGAGCACUUCGUCGGGCGAUGAUGUCGCCAUCGAUGAUUACAACGAUCUCGAAGAAAAUGGUAACCUAAUCGAUGAUCUCGAUGAUGGCGAUCGCAAGAAUUGUUUGUCGAAUGCUUCAUCUUCCAUCGAUGACUAUUCGCUGCGUGAGAAAUUGCAUAACUACGUUAAUGAGGCGUUGGUGAAAGACGAGGGUAGCACUUGUGGUGAUCAAUGCACCAGCUCAGAUGCCGAUGAAGUGAUCACCGAAGAGAUGGAGACAAUCGGCGAGUCGAUAGAAGAAGAGGAGGAGGAAGCGGAUGUGGCACCAGCCGAGCCAAAGAGUCUGCCACCUUAUGAUGCGCUCUUGAGUCCACAAGAGGUGCCGAUGGGACGUCGCUAUGCGGAAGUGGCACAAUUUAAGGCGAACAAGUGGACCUCCGACUCCAGCACACAGUUGACCACAUCGGCCGUGCCGCCAGCAACAACACAUAAUCAAUUAAAGUCCACAACGACUAUAGCUGCUACGGCAGCAACAGGCAACAACAACAACAAUAAUAAUAACAACAGCAACAACAACUGCAAUAGCAAUAAUGCUGCCAGUAAUCGACGUCUGCCAUUCUGUGGUUUAGAUUCCAUUAAAGGAAGUGACAGUAAUGGUUUAGGCGAUGGUGUUGUUGGUGGUGGUGGUGCCACCAAUUUAUGCUUCGAUUUGCAUGGCAGCAACAGCAGCGGCGGCGGCGGCGGCAUCAUCAACGCCAGCAAUCGACACACUGGUGCUGGUCUCGUCGGCGCACACGAUGGCAUGCAACAUGAUAACAUAUCAGAGCAAUUUCACUCGUUGGAUGCGGCAGAUAGCAGCUGCUGUGGCGAUGGACAAUUUGAGGAUGAUAUGCAAGCUUUGUUGCCGAAAUGCAAGCGUUACUCGGGAGAUGAACUCAGUCAGUCACGUACAUCUCUGGUCUCCAGUUCGGAUGGUGGCAUUUUGGCCGAAGGCGAAACCUCGAGUGAAACAUCGCGCGGCACCGACGAAUGCCCGCCCUGUGAUUUGAGUCUGAUGGAGCGUCUGCUGCUGACACAUCCCGUAUGGUUUCUAACCGGCAUACAACGCUCUGGUGCAGUGCACUUUCUACAGGGCAAGGAGGAGGGGAAUUUCAUUGUGCGCGGCUCCAGUCAGCCCAACACUAUGGCUGUGUCGGUGCGUCUUCCUCCGGACACUGGUCCCUACAUCGAACACUAUUUAAUACAAUCCAACGACGGCAUAUUGAGCUUGGAGAGCUCACGUUUCACAUUCGACUCGAUACCGGCACUGAUCGCACACUAUGCACAAUGCUGCGAUGAACUGCCCGUACAAUUAGUACUGCCACGCGCUUUGCGCGAAGUUAAGAAUCGUCAACAACUUUCAUCACUGGCACUUUUGGGUCAGGAGUUCUGGCGUUAUCCGAUGUCUUGCCCGAAGCCACAAGAGUCAGAGGCUAAUCUACUCGAUGCUAAAUCACCAAACUCAUUGACGGAGACGAGCGGUUUGGGCACCACAGUCUUCAGCAGCAAUUCGGCCGCACCACAGUCGUCUAAGAUCUUCAGUCCAACUAGUAAUCUUGCAGGUCUCUUCAGUCAGGCCGGCACACCGUCGGAUACCACUUCGAGCAUGAGUUCUUUCACCACAAGUGGUGGUCCACAAAUGCAGCUAAUGAGUCCCGAAUCGGUAGACUCGGUAAUAUUAACAAUGUCGCCGGUAGAUGCAAAUAAUCAUUGUAACGGUAAUGCCGGUUUAACGGCUGACAAUACCUCAGCCGCGAAUAGUAAUCUCAGCACUUUUAAAUCGAAUAAUCUUGGGCCGGUCACAGGUAAAGGCAUUAAAAUGAAUGCCGAUAAUGGCAUACGACCACGACGUCCCAAACCACCAAACACGUUGAAUUUGGAUCUACGCAAACCGCCAGCCCCACCUAUGCGCUGCUUUAAGCCACUCACACCCAGCAGUCCACUGCCAUCAGAGCAAGGCUUGAACGCGGCCAAUAAUUUCACGGUGACCACAACAGUCACAUUUUCAAUGGAAAACAAUAAUUCGCCACAUUUUGUAGAAGUAACAACACCUGCGGCCGCAAAUAAUAUGAUCACCCCAAGCGCGCUCAACUCGAAUGCCACUUUCCAAACAUUCUCGAAACGUCUUUCACCCGAGGGCGAAUGCAAAGAUACGCUCUCUUCACAGGGUUCUUCGAAUGGCAGUCGUUGGCAAUCGCAGAGCAGCAAAGACUCGAAUCACAGCCAAAGAAAGAUACUCUCGCCUUGUUCGGCUGGCACACCCACCAGCGCUAUGGGCAGCACUGGCAGCAGCAAAUCGCGACGCAAUAAAAUGCGUAAAGAAUCGCAACACUACAAAGAGUCUGACAUAUUGGAAAGCCCACAAAUCUAUUGCCGCAGCGCGUUGGGUGAUAAAAUCAGCGACUAUGAAGAUCUAUGGACACAAGAGUCCAACGAACGUACUGGCCUGCUCACAAGCUUUAAGCCCGCUGAAGGCGCACAAGGAAAGCGCCCGGAUCUACUUGCCGAAACACCCACAAUUACUUCCCUAAGCGCCAACUUGCUCUCACCUGCCAAUUCCACUGCCACCUCUGCCAGUCCGCCACGCAAUGGUGAUGUCUCCCCGACGCCCACAGCCGAUGUCACUGCUUGCGAUACCCAACAGCUCAUACAAUUCUCCGCCGAUGUACAGCCACGUUCACGUGCUGGUCUUCUCUUGCCCGGUCUGAUGAGCCAAUCUCUUUCCGAAGAUCAAUUCAAAGUUUGCGAACCGACUGAAGGCGACACCACACCGACCGCAGACACGCCUGCCUCGCGCAGCAAACAAGGUAGUCCCUUCUAUGCUGAACCUGCGGAUACACUGCGUGAAGCCGGUCUCACAACAGCCAGCAUAUUGCGUCGCUCGCAACGUGGUCCGCUCUUGCCAGCAAACCAUCGGCAUUCCGAGCCGCCAAAGAGCGGUCUAGCGCGCACACCUAUGUGCCCCUUGCUGAUACCCAAAGAAUUCGAUAAAAUCGCUGGUAGUCUUGAUGAGUUGAAGAAGAAGCAACAACAACCUCAGACACAGCAAGCACCAGCACAACAACAACAGCCGACGAAACGAGCUCGUGGUCGUUUCGAUCAAUGGCAAUUGGACAGUAGUUGGGAGUUUGUGCGCAAACAAGAUGGCGACGGUGAUUAUGAUGAAAACUCUGCGGAGCAUAACGGCAAUAAUAAUUAUGGUGAUUACGAUACGGAAGAACAAUGGCGUCAGCAGCCAACGCAGGAGAAAGAGAAUUCUUUGGGCCGUGAGGCCAAUAAAGAGAAUAAGCAAAAGCCAUUAACGGUACAUCAAAUAAUUGCGAAGCACCUUCCCGAUUUAAAUCUACCCGAGCUAAUACAUUGCUCUACUCCGCCACAGCAAGCAUAUCUACAACAACAACAUAAUGGUCAGAAUGGACAAAAGCAAUUGAACGAACACCACGGCAGCCAGAAGUCCUUCGACAGUCAGACUGGUAGUCGCCUGUCAUCAUAUGACAAUGUCGGCGGCACUUAUUCUUUCUGCCAGUCGUAUUGUAAUGGCAUCGAUUCGGCGCAAUCGGAUGAUGGUACAGUGUUCUCAGAACCAUGGGACUCAUCACAAUGGGACUCGAUCAAUCCACAGGAUGAUGCCACCAUCACUUCGGACACUAUACACUUUUCGAAAUGUCGACCCGUCGUCUCAGAAGAUGAUACCAUCAUUGAAGAGUUGAGCACCAAAGAAAGCAACCAAGACACAUUGAAAGCAAAAAAAUCAAAUAACAGACAAAAGGUUGCAACAAUUUUACGAAACCCAAGCAUGAGAGAUCGCGAGAUUUUACGUCAUCCACGCAAUAAACUGAACGCGCCCAAUGGCGGUCCCGGCGAACUGGUGCGCGCUUGCACACUACAACUCGCACACGAUUCGAGCUCAACAUUUGCGCGCAAUAUUGAAAAUUUUAUCUCCUGCACCAAGGAGUCACGUGAAGCCGCGCCUCAGGUCGUUAUGCGUAACAUGCGUCAAUUCAUGAACGGCAUGAAAAACUAUCUGGUAAAGCAUGGUGAGGGUAAAUUCCAUCAGGAAAUCGAAGCGGCGCGUUCGCGUCUAAAAGCAGACGAGUUUCUCAAUUUGGACGCCAUACUCGAGACUGUAAUGCAUGAAUUGGUUGUGCUGCCACUGCGCGAACAUCUCUACGGCAUGUUCGUCGACUACUACAAACGCUCCGAAGACAUACAAUUGUUGGCUCAAAAUGUUAAAUACGCCUGUGGACGCACCCCAGCCGAUUUUGGCAUACGCGCCACAGUUACACCGCCAUCGCCAACAUCAUUGCAAGCGAUUUCGGCACUAUUGCAACGUCUGCAGGAAGCCGAAUUGCCGCUCGAAAAGCUAGAUUUAUUCCUGUGCGUUAUUUCCACAAUUUUCGAGGCCACAGGCUGUCCACGCGGCCAGCAAUUGGGCGCCGAUGAUUUCCUACCCGUGCUGGUGUAUGUGGUAGCCAAGUGUGGUUUCGUAGGCGCCGAGAUAGAGGCUGAGUUCAUGUGGGGACUGCUGCAGCCGACUUUGCUCAGUGGCGAGGCGGGCUACUACUUGACCGCGCUCUGCAGUGCGGUGCAUGUGCUCAAAAGCUUCAUGUCUUCGGAGAGCGAGAAUGGCACUGGCUCACUGGAUUGGCGCUCUUCCUCGCUGCCAGCCUGCUCAUCGGUGCUGCGCGUCAUCAUACCCGACGAAUGCAAUGGCUCACUGCAAACGCGCACACUGCCCGUGCGACCACACACCACCACACGCGACGUCUGCCGCAUCAUUGCGCACAAGGCGCGAAUCACUAAUCCACAAGACUAUGCGCUCUUCAAGCUCGUCGAUGGCGAAGAGACACUUUUGAAUGACGCAGAAUGUCCACAGGAUGUGCGUUUCUCGGCAAAGGGCAAACACUGCAUGUUGGCGUACAAACGCAUUGACGCGAAAAUAGCUUGGCCUACAACGACCUAUUAGGCGCGGAGUCGAAUAAGGGAACGCUUAAGCAUUCUUACCGCAUAAAGCAAGGUUAUUAAGAAAUAAUCUCAAAAUUUAUGUAACAAAGCAGCGCUCUGAAGUUGGCUGAGAAACUUUUCGGUUUUCGCACCAAAUCGAAAGCCUGCAGCCAGCUCAAUAUGCUCAGCGCAAGAAACCGAGUUGAUUUUUCAUUGAAGCGCGGAUUAAUUUUAAUUAGUUGUAAUUGAAAUCAAAUCAUUAUGCACCAUUGCUCACUAACCAUUCUCUCAUUGUGUUAAAACAUACAAACGCGUAUACAUAUAUACAUAUAUGUAGUUAUAUAUUUACGAUAUUUACGAGUAUACUAAACAGUAUUGCGAUAAGUUAAUUGUAAGCGAAAGCACUGCGUGUGUGUAAAUGUAAUGUAAGUUUACCAUAUAAAUGUAUUUAAUAGCUAGUUAUUUAUUAAGUGAGACUACUGACUAAUGACACUUAAUGUAAUAAUGCGAUUUAAUUUUGUACACUUAACGAACACCAAACAAUUGCGUUUACAAAUCAAACAAUUUGUACAAUUGUAAGACAAAUUUGAAAAGUUAAAAUAUGAAUAUUAAUUUUAAUACUAAUGUAUUCGAAAUAUAAAAAUUUUAAUGCAUUUGAAAUAAAAUGAAAAUGCUUAAGGGCAUUAUGGUAAAAAAUAUAAAAAAUUGUCUAUUAUUUACUGAUAAUAUAUAAAUUUUAAAUUGGCAUAACUAAAGUGUUAAAAAAAUUAAACCAAAAAUUAAAAAAACGCAAUAAUGCGCAAAAACUAAUCAAUAAAACAAGUAUUGUAUAAGCAUGACAUAUAGCAUAGUAGUUGCUAAUUUGUAAAUGAAAGUGCACCCACAAUGUCCUAUUUUAUAUGUAAAGUGUUUAAAUCCUGAAAUCUUCACACUAUAUUUGUGUAAAUAUUCAUAAGAUUUGUAUAAAGAAACAACACGAUAAAUAUACUUACAUAUUUCAAACUAA